AUGGUCUGCUGGGCUCUGGGUCUGGAUUGGGACUGCUCCUGUGCAUCACAGCCAGUGAAGCGUGUUGAACUCUCUGUGUUUCAGCUGCCGAUGAUGGGUGGUGCGUUCAUGGACACGUCUCCUGUGGACGACUGCAGCGCGGAGCACUCGCUCUUUAACUCCUCGGCCAGCGUGAACGCACUGCCUCCUGCAUCAUCAGCACCGGUCCAGCAGGAGGAGCCACAGCGUGUGUCCAGCGACGCCGUCUGGCUCUGGAUCGCCAUCUUCGCCACCAUCGGAAACAUCGUGGUGGUCGGAGUCGUCUAUGCUUUUACAUUCUGAGGACGGAACAGCUACAAUAUGAAACAACCAAUCAGAGCUGCGGUCCCUAACUUUGUUUGUGUUCAAAAUGUAGAAAAAUGUUUAUAA